GCUUUUGUCAUUGUACCACCCAAAAUUUAAAACUACUUUCACCCCUAUUCCCAAAUCAAUGAAGCUUACAGGAUAUUACAUGCGCUGUAAACAACCAUUGUCCACUGUGAAGAGAGAAGCACCGAGCUGAAUAAGGCAGCUGUUAAUGUUAAUUGGAAGCGUGACCAACACGGACUGAAUGGCUUCCUUCACUUCCUCCUCUUCCAUCACUAAAACUACAGACAGACUACAGUUCUAAAACAGCGCACAAAAUCAGCAUCAUCGUUCACAACUUCUCCUUCUGUUCACUGAUUGGCAAACAGAAGGAGAAUUGGAAGGAAUUCAGCCGAAGGAGAGAAAGCCCAGACUUUUAGCAUAGUUGUACAGGAAUUUAAUAGCCAGGCUAGCUCAUGCCUAGUAUGAGAUGGUUUGUGUACAAGUGCUUGGGUAGAAGACAGGGGAACAGAUUGGCAUCUAAACUGAUUCAGUUCAGUUAGUUUAGAAGAGCUUGUUUUGGCGUUGCUUGUCAGUAAACACAAAGGAAAUUCUUAGUCUUCACAGAUCCUUUCACUGUUGUAGUGUAUUUGUACUUUUUGAGCAGCUUUCUGUCAUUUCAGGUCACAGACAUGAUGGUAGCUAACAGUCACAACUUGAUUGUGACUGUGAAACCAGCUAACCAGAGAAACAAUAUUGCACCUCGUGGGAGUAAAAACUCGAUGGGUCACUCUGGUUCUGUGGGCUCGGGUGGAUCCGUAGGCUCUGCACUGUCACAUGACUCCCCAAGUCCUGCCUCUCAGAGCAACCCUAUCACUGCAAGCAGCAUCGCCGAGGGAGACAGUUACGAGGAAGAUGAUGACGGUGAUGUCAUUCUGGAGAAUGACUGCCUGUCGCCCAAUAAAUACUUCCCAAUCACUAACAGCAGCACUCUGAACAGGGACUCUCCCCAUAAAGGGCAACACAGCGCGAUCCCACAGAGUGUGUCCAUGCCAAACAGUCUCGGCGCCUCUCUGAGCCACAGCUCCACCAUGAUGUCCCAUCACAACGGCGGCUCCGCACACUCAGUCAGCAGCAGCCAGGAGAGCAUGAAAGAAGAUGGCAACGUAAUAACCCUGUGACGCAUGUAACCAUGGCAACAACUUCUGACUGUGGAACAAUUAAGACAUGAUUUUGUAAACUUGACAUCUGAUAAGCAGAUCAGUUGCACUGUUACUUUUAAAGGUUCUCCUUUUCGACCACAGACAUUGUUGAGAACAGCGCCAGCGUUCUGGACUCUCCAUCGCUUUCCAGAGAGCAGAACUAGAAUGACGGGUUACAUGGAGCUGGGCUUCUAUAGGAAGCUUCAUUAUCAGGUUCUGUAAGCAGAGAGUAAUUAUGUAUUCUUUUAUUAUAGUGAAGUAAUUAUGGAAAUUAUUUUAUUGAUAUUUUGAACUGCUGACUGUGAGUGAGAACAGAAGUACUGCCAACAAUAAACCAGUUUAGCACCUACUAUGCGAUCUCUAAGGGAGUCAGUGACCUUUGUAACACUCUGUUUUCACCAUUUUUAUGGUAAUAACUUAAUAACUUAGUUCUGGACAAAUCAUAGUCAUUUUCAUAGUUAUAUAACUAAAUGCUUUCAAUGUUGUCUUGACAUUUUAUGUUUUGUUUUCAUUUGUGAUGCCUAAAUUUUAUGGAUUCUACAGCACACAUGACAGAAGUGCCCAGUUCUGCUGUAUUAAUGUUUGACCAGAAGCUUGUCAUUCUCAAUGCUCAAAUACAUCUGUUACUGACCCAGUGAUUUGAUUGAUCAGCUGAGAUUUUUUAAAAAGUGGGUUUCUUUGUAGAGGUUAUGAGUAGUCAGUAUCUAACUUGCAUUUGUUAAUUCGUUAAACAGCCUCCAUCUGGACAACCAGAAGGUUCAGUGGUGAAAAUGAGAGUGGUUUAAAGUAUGGCUGUCAUUACUUAGUGAAUGUGUUUAUAAUGGUAUUUAUUCAAACAGUUUUGUCAUUUUAAUCAUUAUUUUACCUCCAAAUGCCAUGCUUAAUAUGCGUUAGGUAACACAUCCAGUUUGACAAAAAUAAAUUAAAUGAAGUCAUUAUUUAUGAAAACUAUAAAAAAAAAAAGUGGCCAGAAAUAAUGUCCAGUGGUUUGAAUGCCAAAUAAAGAGGAGAAAGUUAGGCCUAUAUUCAGUCAUAAGUGCAACUCUAAUGUUCACACAUUCUAAAGGAAAUGUGUGAACAUUAAACAGGGAAACAGACAGACUGGAACCAAGUUCGGCUGACAUACACAGACUGAACACACACACGCAUAUACUCACACACACGUGCACACACAGACACUACAGACUUGGUACACCAAGUCUGCAGUGUGUAAUAUGAAAAAAAUAGUUGUGUUGCCCUCCCUCCUGACAUCAAGAUCACUGAAAACUCAUCUGUUCAGACCAGUAUUGAUUGAUCAACAUGUCACAUCAUUAUGCAGUCAAGUUUUCCAGAGUGCUGCUCAGGAAGAUCUAGCACCAGCCAAGCACUGGAAGUGGUUUGAUUGAAAAGACCUUUGAGAGUUACCAACUGCAAGUAAGAUAUUGACAGCUCAACAUAAGAAACAACUAUUCUGAACAUCUAAAUAUUAACUAUAAGUGAUGGUUAGUAGAAGGAAGCAGAUGUAACACAGCACAUUAAGACACUGCUCUCACCAUGUCAUGUUCAUGACAGGUUUUUUGUUUUGUGAAAACUGUCCCAAAAUAUUUGAUUGUUUGACUUACAACUCAAAAUGCACAGCGGCUGUGAGCUUUGCUUCUCUGAGCCUUGAGUGAUGCCAGCCUUGCCAAAACUACAACUAGUGUGUUUGUUGCUUUACUAUUUUUCAUACAUCAAAAAAUUCAAAUUCAAUUCAGAAUACAACACAGAGUGAUUAUACAUAGGUGGUAUAUUUCAAGCUUUUGUUUUUGUUGGUUAUUAUGGGUUACAGUAAAACGGUAUAGUUAAAGAAGCUGGUUGUUCAAAGGUUGCUCUGUCAAAAAGUUAGAUGAAAGAGAAAAGUACAUCCAUUAUGUGGCUUAAACCAAGCACCCAGUAUGCUGCACCAUGCUGUGUGGUUUAUGAUGAGCCUUCUGUCGCUUCAAUUACGUCUUGAAGAAAUAAAUUCUUUGAGAAAUAAAUAACACACAAAACACUGAACUCGCUAUAAAUAGCACCAUUGAGGCCAAAAUUAUUCUGGUUAGGGUUCCUAGCCCUAACUACAUUGUGUGUACAAUUAUUUGAAAAGUGAGUAUGUUAACCACAUUCUAAUUUCUAGUAGGUCAGCCGUUACUUAUAUGUGAAAAACAACCUUAUCCACUGUCCAGUUCUGCUCUGCUGUGAUAAAGACCCACCAGGUCAUAUCUCUGUGUGCGUGGCUAGUAAUAGUCACCCCACUGUUGCCAACAUUUUAUAAUUUUUUUCUUCUUCUUAGAUUUUGGCAACAGUAUGAGCCACAAAAUUAGCAGACUGGGAUUUUUAGAGAUGGGUGAUCAGAAAACUGCAAUUGUUGCACACCAACCUUUAGGUAUAUUUUAUGACUCCAAUCUGGAUAAACUUGAAUCUUUAUGGACUUAGGCAGAGCAGGUGAUGUGUGUAAUGAAAAAGAGUGAUCUAGGUAUGACAGCUCCUGCUAUUCAAGUGAGGAUAAUUACUAGGCAGCUACCUGUAUUACAUUUAUUCAACAUGGGAUAAAAAUUAGAUUUAACUGACUGAAAAAAG